AUGGUAGAGGCUAUCACUAAGAUAAAGGUUGACAACCCCGUUGUUGAUAUGGAUGGAGAUGAAAUGACUAGAAUCAUUUGGAAAUGGAUCAAGGAGAAGUUGAUCCUCCCAUAUCUUGAUAUUGACAUUAAGUACUUCGAUCUCGGUAUGGAGUAUAGAGAUGAGACUAAUGAUCAAGUUACUCUUGAUGCUGCAGCAGCUAUUAAGCUAUAUAAGGUUGGAAUUAAAUGCGCCACCAUCACCCCUGACGAAGCUAGAGUUAAGGAAUUCAACUUAAAGGAGAUGUGGAAGUCACCAAAUGGUACCAUCAGAAACGAACUGAAUGGUACAGUCUUCAGAGAGCCAAUUGUCAUUAAAAACAUCCCAAGACUAGUACCAGGCUGGACUCAACCAAUUAUUAUUGGAAGACACGCUUUUGGUGAUCAAUAUAGAGCCACUGAUGCUGUUAUUGACAGACCAGGUCAAUUCAUAAUGAAAUUCAUCCCAGCUGAUGGAUCAGAGGAAAAGACCUUCAAUGUCUACAACUUCAAGGAUGGUGGUAUCAUUAUGGGCAUGUACAAUACCGAUGAAUCAAUCAGAGGUUUCGCUCACUCUUCAUUCAAGUAUGCUCUUGACAGAAAUUACCCACUUUACUUGAGCACUAAAAACACCAUCUUGAAGAGAUAUGAUGGCAGAUUCAAGGAUAUCUUCGCUGAAAUCUAUGAAAGCGAUUACAAGGAGGCAUUCAAGACCAAGGGUCUUUGGUACGAGCACAGACUUAUCGAUGAUAUGGUUGCUUAUGCUAUCAAGUCAAACGGAGGAUUCGUAUGGGCUUGCAAGAACUACGAUGGAGAUGUCCAAUCAGAUAUCGUAGCUCAAGGAUAUGGAUCCCUAGGUCUUAUGACUUCAGUCCUCGUAGCUCCAGAUGGUUCAAUCGAGGCUGAAGCUGCACAUGGUACCGUUACCAGACAUUACAGACUCCACCAACAAGGUAAAGAGACUUCAACCAAUCCAAUUGCCUCGAUCUAUGCCUGGACUAGAGGUCUUGCAUACAGAGCUCAGUUAGAUAGCAAUGAAAAGCUUGCAUUGUUCGCAACUUCUCUUGAAGCCGCAAUCAUUGAGACUGUUGAAGCUGGAUUCAUGACUAAAGACUUAGCCAUUUGCGUUCACAACACUAUGGACGUUGCCAGAGAUACUUACCUCAACACUGAAUAGUUUAUGGACAAGAUUGCAGAGACUCUCAAGACCAAAAUUGCUUCAUGGCAAUGA